AUGCCCGACAACGCCACUAACCCGCACCAACCACCUCGCCCAAUGAUCCAGCAUCUCCCCGAGGACGUGCAAACCUCCCUCCUCUCCCUCAUGUCGCAAGCCGACAUCGCGCAUCUCGCCACGUCGUGCACGACCUUCCACUCGCUCGCCUCACCCCUACUCUUCCGCCAGUUCCGCUGCGUCACCUGCCGCGCCCCGCUCUUCCAGCCGAGCGAGCUCUCCCUCCAAGACCACCCGACGCGCGGCCGCAAGGCCACCUUCGGGCCCUCUUCGCGCCUUCCCCGCCGCGCCUUCUUCCAGCUCCGCGACCACCCCCCGGCCACCCCCGCGGACCGAGGCAUGGUCCUCGACGCCCGGAGAGGCGCCGCCAAUUUCCACGUCCUGCGCCACCUCGCGCAAACCGUCUAUCGAAACGAGCGCUUCCCGCUCCCACAGGAGCUGCAGGCCGUCCGCGCUCUGCGAUGCGCCAAGUGCGAGGUCUUCGUUGGCUUCAGAUUGGAAGACCCCUCGGGCACCGACAACACUCACGACUUUGUCCAUCACGACUUCGUCGAGCUCGUCGAUGGGCAGGACCGCAUCGUCACCCUCUCUGGCCAAGUGUUGCCAGAACCGGAAGGCACUGUGCGAUGCGCGCAGGAGGGCUGCCGAAGAGUCUUGUUUCAGCGCGACGACGUGCUGCCGUGGAGCCAUGUACUCUCGUCGUCGAGGUUAACAGACAUGGACGCAUAUCUCGAAUGGGACCAUUCAUGGGCGGGCUCGGCUACGGAGAGUCAGCCGGCCUUCUUUGUGAAGAGGCUCAGGUCGGCGGCUGGCGUCAUGAGAAACGUCAGGCCGGAGCGACUGAGACAAGGGCAGAUGGAGGUUGGCGAUGUGCAUUGCGCAGGGUGCGACGCGCAGAUCGGCUGGAAGUUUGUCGCAGAAUUACCGGAGGAGGAGACUGAAUUGCUGCAUAACUAUGAUCAGGUUGGCCGGUAUGGUAUCAUCAGAAACUCUGUCGCGCCGGCAGAGCCGCGCUUGAUUUGAAGAUUGCAUUCGUAGAUUUAGCUGAAUGACGCCGUGGUGCGAACGGUUUGCCGAAAGGUCAAUGUCCUUGAAGUGUUGUGGGGCAUACAGUACAAUAUUGCAGAGAUUCCUGGUGUAAUUUAAUAAUCUGCAAACCUGUGAAUUCUGAAGGUAGUAGAUAUGUUUAAAGGUUCGCACAAGUCCUCGUGACAAACAUAAAGAGGACUCUGGCGAACGUUUUGCCUUCAAA